AUGGCCGCUCCGGCAAGUGCGGCGUCGACAUCUGUCCCCUCUCCCUCCUCAUCUGCAUCUUCCAGCGGCGCAGCAAGUGCUGGCAAAAGACACUCGGUCUCGUCGAUGGCAGUCCCCGCCACUGGCUCGUCCUCCUUCCCGGCGUGGAGCACCUCGACUUCGCAGGCCCCCCGGGGUGCGUGGCAAACUCGGCUUCCAACCUCUCAGUCGCCAACCCAAACGAGCGAGGCUGCUCGUUCGUCGACGUCGACGCCAGCAUCAGUGGUGGCGUCUUCCAUCUCGCCCGUGGCCACCGCGGCGACCCCGCUCAACUCUUCCUCAAUCAAGCCUUCGCCGCCAAGCAUGGGUGAUGCGAGCGACAAGAUGCCAUCUUCGAUGACGGGCGCAUCUACUGCCACCAAUGUGUGGGAGGCUCGACGAAAGCAGCUGGCUGAAAAGGAAAGAGAACGUGAAAAGGAUAGGGAGCGAGAAGAAGACAGGGACAGACGAAAGGCGUCGACCUCUUCCUCGACCUCGUUGCCCCUUGGCGCUUCUGCGUUAGCGUCACACAACAACACUGACGAAGGAGUAAGGGUUGCGCCACCACCAGCAUCGACAACAAAGGCGGCAGCGGCCGUCUCGGACAACAAUGCAUGGUUGGACAGAAUCUCGAUGCUCAAUGGAGGUGCCAAGGUGUCUCCAAGCGCCGGAGGCGAGCACCAAUCUCAGCCUUCUGGGCAAGAGGACAGAGAGGACAAGGAGCUGCACAAUGGUGUCGCGGAGCGUGCAGCAAAUGAUGCCCACGCAGAAGCCUCUCUCAGGGACGAGGUGGAGCCAGUCGCCGCCAACGGACACGCAUCAGAGGCUCGCUUCAACCAAGAGAGAACACGGAGGAGAUCGAAUGCCUCAACAGCAAGCAGGAAAGAUCGCUCGUCGUCGAUUGUCUCCCGCGGGCCAUCAAUGGGCGACACAGAAGACUGGCCAAGCCCGACGGCAGCUACCAUUGACAGCAGAAGCGGCGCGGGCACCCUCUCGGGUGACUCGGAUGCGCUGAUGCAUCGUCGGCGGGUCAGCGAGAGCUCCUCGACGGCAGCCCAGCAACAGCUUGGUCUCCAGGGUCUGGAUGUCGAGGUGCUGCGGCAGCAGGGAAAGAAGGCAGGUGGCAAGCAGUGGAUCUCAAUUGUCCCCAACAUCACACACAAUGCGCCGCCUCCUGCAGGUGGCAAGUCAAAGAAAGCGGCGAGCAACAGCAAUGGCGCUGGCGCUGGCGCCGGCUCCCAGAAAAGUCAACCGAAGCCAAAAGAUGCAAAGAGCUUGCCGGGGAGGAGCGCCAGCGGGCCCCCCGCGGACUCUUUGUAUUCUUCGAUACCUGCUUCCAUGCCUGCGGGCUCGAAGCAAGACGACCAGGAUCGAUCGACGAGAGUUGAGAAAGGGUUUCGUAAGGUCGCAUCGGCAGAGGCCGAGGAUGAGCCUUCCCCAGCUGGCUCCGUCUCAGCAAGUCUCAAGGACGACGAUGAACACAGAGGCCGUCGAAAGGAUGUGGGCGGCGAAGGCAGCAGCGAAGAGGCUGCAAAUAGCAAGCUCUUGUCCUCCUUCCACGCUCUCACCGUCGAUGGACCCGGCGGAGAAGGUCGACGCUCUGCUUCCAUGCCCAAACAACGAUCUUCUUCGGUAAAGGGAACCACAUUGGGACCUCGCUUCAACAACUUGCGAGUCUCGCAGCGAGGUGACCUCUCAGCAGGUCCAAUGUCACCAUCUGGAGCGGCGACUCCGCUCUCGGACCCACCCACGGUGGACCUGAACCGGCCUGCACAUUUGCCACCGACACCAACGGGUCUUGAGGCGCAAUUGGCGGCGGCGGCCGCCUCUGCCGCUACGACAGCCGCCUCGUCUACCUGGAGUGGCUCACCCGGUCCCUCUUCUCCCUAUCCUUAUCAGCGCCCUCCUCGAUUGAAUCAAGACGGAUCGUUUUCUCCAACACGAGCUACCGACCCCUUGGCGCUGAGCCCGUCUCAAGAACCGUGGAGGCCCAUGCCUCGACGAGGAAGGGGUCGCGGCAGAGGAAGGGGGGCCAGUCACCACGCAUACGCGGACUACCACAAUCGAUACGGCACAAGCUACGAGGAGCAGCAGCAAGCUUGGGCGUCUGCUUAUGGAGAGUACCCGACUGCUUAUCAAGGCUAUCCGCCCUUUCCUAUGGCUGCCGAUCCUGCCCUUUACCGUCAACAGCCCAUGUACGGUUACCCUCCCGCCGCACCUUUUCCCCCAUCUUCGCCAGCCCAAGAGAGCACGACUCCGGCCGAGUAUGCCUCGCAGGCUAACAAAGAAAGCGAAGAUGGACCCACGCUUCGGUUGCUCAACCAGAUCGAGUUCUACUUCUCUCAUCGCAACCUUCAGGGCGACUUUUUCCUGCGCCAGUGCAUGGACCGCGAAGGCUGGGUGCCCGUCUCGACGGUGGCGAGCUUCAAUCGGGUCAGAAGCCUGACGACGGAUCUAACGUUGGUCCUGGACACGUUGAUGUAUUCCACUGUCCUCGCUGUCGAUUCAGAGCAUCGCAGGGUGAGAAAGGCAGUCGGAUGGGAGCCUUACGUCCUGGCUGGGGCGGCCGAGCCUGUCUGUAGCCAACCAAGUCAGCCCCAUUACCACCACCACCAUCAUCUCCAGUACGCCAUGCAUGCUCCGCCGACGAUGCUCGCUCCCGUCUUCUAUCCUCGCGGGUCGCUCAUUGCCAACAGUGAUGAUCCUGCCCUCUCUGGCGAGCGUCCUUCUUCUUCGAGCGAUCAUCAAGGAGAUCACAGCCGCGAAAAGACGAGUAGCGACAACAACGCUGGUGUGUCAUCUUCGUCGACGGCGACGCCAGCUACGGAUGUUUCAAAGGUCGGUGGGUCAAAUUACACAGGCUACUCGAGCCCACCGAGCACCAUUUCGAGGAGUGCGAGCCAGAUGGACAACGAAGCGGCCACUGCACCUCUUCCUGCAGCAGGAGGGGGGAAGGAUGAAUUGGCGAAGAACAGGGACGACCACGCUAGUAACAGCACCGACGACGAGGGCGACGUCACCCUGGGUGUGGUGGCGGCCGAGGGAUUAGGAGGCACGCUGAACAGCAAGGGCGGUUGA